AUGGCACCCGCCUCGCCCAGCCUCCAACCCGCCGACCUCAAGACACCCACCAUAAAAUCGCAGACCUACACCACCGGCCGCGGAGGCCAGGGCAACAUGCAACCAAACGUACACCCGGACAUCACGCGCCAGACCCAAGACGUGGAGGCCCAUCCGCGCGCCGGCCGCGAGCCCGAGAAGAAGUUUCAAUGGGGUAGGGGUGGUGCGGGCAACACGGCUUCCCUCAGCAAAGACCAGAUUGUGGAUAUCAAGGAGAGAAAUGCUUCUAGGCAGCGUGCUGAGGAGGCUGCUGCUGCUGCCAAUCCCCCUCCUUCUGGCGAGUCCAUGGAUCAGAAGCCCAAGAAGGAGAAGGAGACUAGGGCAAAUGCUAUGGGUCAUAUGCUUCAGCGCGUCAUGAGUUCUGCCAGUGGAAAGAACCAGUAG